AUGGCGGCGGUUCCUCCUCCCUUCAACGUCGUCCCAAUAGCCUACCAAGGCGGCACGUCGCUGGCCGUCCCGGACUGGCUGAACAAAGGCGACAACGCGUGGCAGAUGAUCUCCGCAACCCUCGUCGGCCUCCAGAGCGUCCCCGGUCUGGUCAUCCUGUACGGAAGCAUCGUGAAGAAGAAGUGGGCCGUGAACUCGGCCUUCAUGGCCCUCUACGCCUUCGCCGCCGUCGUCCUCUGCUGGGCCGUGUGGGCCUACAAGAUGUCCUUCGGCGACAAGCUGCUCCCGUUCUGGGGCAAAGCCGGGCCCGCGCUGGGCCAGAGGUUCCUGAUCAAGCAGGCCGCGCUGCCGGCCACCACGCACUACUACCACGACGGCAAGACGGUCGAGACGGCGAUGAUCGCGCCGUUUUACCCCAUGGCGUCGAUGGUGUGGUUCCAGUGCGUGUUCGCCGCCAUAACGCUGAUUUUGGUGGCCGGCUCGGUGCUGGGGCGGAUGAACUUCAAGGCCUGGAUGGCCUUCGUGCCGCUGUGGCUGACGUUUUCGUACACGGUGGGGGCGUUCAGCCUGUGGGGCGGCGGGUUUCUGUUCCAGUGGGGUGUUAUUGACUACUCCGGCGGGUAUGUCAUCCACUUGUCCUCUGGGAUCGCCGGCUUGACCACCGCGUUUUGGGUGGGGCCGAGAUCGAAGAAGGACAGGGAGAGGUUCCCUCCGAACAACGUGGUGCUGAUGCUGGCGGGCGCGGGCCUGCUGUGGAUGGGCUGGGCCGGGUUCAACGGCGGAGACCCGUACACCGCCAACUUGGACUCCUCGAUGGCGGUGCUGAACACGAACAUAUGCGCCGCUACGAGCCUGCUGGUGUGGACGUGGCUGGAUGUCAUCUUCUUCCACAAGCCUUCCGUCAUCGGUGCCGUCCAGGGCAUGAUCACCGGCCUUGUCUGCAUCACCCCCGGCGCCGGGGUGGUGCAAGGAUGGGCAGCGAUAGUGAUGGGGAUCGCGUCAGGUAGCGUCCCAUGGUUCACGAUGAUGAUCGUCCACAAGCGAUGGACCCUACUCCAAAAAAUAGACGACACGCUGGGCGUCUUCCACACCCACGCCGUCGCGGGCCUCCUCGGCGGCGUCCUCACGGGCCUGCUGGCGGAGCCCACGCUGUGCUCCCUCUUCCUCCCCGUCACCAACUCCAGGGGAGCCUUCUACGGCGGCGGGAUCCAGGUCGUCAAGCAGCUGGUCGGCGGCGGGUUCGUCAUCGGGUGGAACGUGGUGGUCACCUCCAUCAUCUGCUACCUCGUCGGCCUCGUCGUCCCGCUCCGCAUGUCCGAGGAGCAGCUGCUCAUCGGCGACGACGCCGUGCACGGGGAGGAGGCCUACGCGCUCUGGGGCGACGGCGAGGCCUACGACUCCACCAAGCACGGCGAUAAUGACGACGUGGAGAUGAGAUCCCGGGACAAGACUGCUUCCACGGGGACCACCCAGACGGUUUGA